AUGUCUUCAUCAUGGAUGAGAAUGUUUAUUCUUAUAGCAUUCAUAUAUUUUUUUGAUUGUUGUUUCUCUAGUAAAAAAUCCUAUUCUGAUAUUGAACCAUGUGAUAGUAAUCGUUGUCGAUUACCUUAUUGUUAUUGUUCAAAUCAGUCUAUUCCAGGUGGAUUAGCUAUACGUGAUACUCCACAAUUUAUUGCAAUAAACAUAAAUGGACCCGUCAAUAAAAAUACGUAUAAUCUAUUAAAAGAUUUAUUUUUUUCAAAAAAAUAUUUUAAUCCCGAUGGCUGUCCAAUCAGUGGCACUAUGUUUCUUAAAAGUCAUAUUGAUACCAAUGAAUGCUUGCUUCGAAAAGUUUUACAACAUGGAAAUAUUGAAUUAAGUAUAACAUCAAAUUCAAGCGAAUGUCCAACUGUUGAUUGUCGUUUUAAGGAAAAAAACGAUAGAAGUCCGUAUGUACCAUGGCGUUCAUAUCGUUUAUAUAAUGAAACAAUUGAUUAUCGUCGUACACUUGCUAAAUUAGCUGGUCUUCAUUCAUCAUCAUUUGUUGGUUAUCGUUCACCUAAUUAUGAAGUUAACAAAAACCAACUUCACUGGCACAUUUUACGUGAACAUAAAUUUUUAUAUGAUUCAACGUUAAUAACACAAGAAUGGGAUAUACGUUUCUAUAAUCAACAACAACCAUCGCCAUUAACAUGGCCACACACAAUGGAUUUUGCAGCUAAUUAUGAAUGUUCACAAGGUUGUUAUACACAAUCAUUUCCAGGACUUUGGACUAUACCAAUACACCUGUAUCAAGAUUUACAAGGAAGAAAUUGUACUACAAUAGGUAGUGAGAAUUGUCGUGUACCACGUCAAAAAGAAAAUUUUUUUAAAUAUCUUAAAUAUAAUCUUAAUCGUCAUCUUCAUUCGAAUCAUGCACCGUUUAUAAUGGCAUUUGAUAAUUAUUGGUUAAAUGAGCCAUACACUUUGUGGAGAGUAGAAGGACUACAAUUAUUUAUUGAACAUAUAUUACGAUAUCAUUCAAAUGAUGUUUAUUUUGUUCGUAUGAUUGAUAUUAUUAAUUGGAUGAAACAGCCGAUUGGACUUGAACAAAUGAAAGAAAAAUAUUUGUCAAAUAUCGAUGUAAAAUCUAUUUGUAAUGAACAAAUUAAUAUUGAUGAUGAUGAUGAAGAAGAAUGUUUUAAUGGAGGUCAAAUACAAAAUUUAAAAUCGAAUACAUUAAAACAUAAUGUAUCAUUAUUUAAUCUAUUCGAUACGAUGUCCGAACCAUUGUUUCGUUCAAAUAUUGUUCUAUAUUCAACAGCUGGCUUUUGUAGUUUUGUUAUUGUAACUUUUAUUUAUGAUAGAUUUUUUAUGUCGUAG